CGCUGUUUAAAAAUUCCAAAUGCCUUGUUUUCAAACAGAAAACAAGCCGGCUUAAAACCUUCAAAGGCACCUAUUAUAAAAACCAACACAAACUCCCCUUUAUAUGUUACAUAUCCAGUCGUAUAUUUUGCUAUAAUCCUGUAACAAUGGGAGAAUCCCAGGACGCCUGCAGGCAGCUUCUUCCGCGCGCGAUCUUCGGGAUCAACGGCAAGGUGGAGAACGGAGUGCGCCAGCAUCCGGUAACUGGAUCGAUUAUAUUCGCACUGGGCAACAAAAUCGGGAUCGCUGACUACAAGAAGAACACGCAGGAGUUUGUGGCCGGGCACACGAAUACCAUAUCAUGUCUGGAUCUCAGCAAGAGCGGCAAGUACAUGGCCUCGGGUCAGAUAAACCACAUGGGAUUCCGCGGAUAUGUGAUCAUCUGGGACUACGAACAGCGCAAGGAGAUCUCCCGUCAUGAUCUCCACAAGGUAUCCGUUCAGGCCAUCUGCUUCACGGCCCAGGAUCGCUGCGUGGUGUCCAUUGGAGGCGUGGAUGAUGGCUCCGUCAUUGUCUUUGAUAUGGAGGCAUUCUCCCCCAUCUGCCAAACACCCGCUUCGAGGGCUAUUUCUGGAAAUGCCUUGACAGUCCGACCGAUGCACAAUAAUCCUUACUUCUUUGUGACCGCCGGGGAUCGCCACCUGCGUCUGUGGAGCAUCCUGCGCGAGGAGAAGAAACUGUACGUUCAGGAUGUCCUUAUGGCCAGCAAAACAAGGGUUUUCUACUGCGCGCGCAUCGAUAAGACCGAUGAGUUUGCCUAUUUGGGCACUGGAACGGGUGAUAUCGUAAAGAUCGUACUCAACUGUUGCGAUCGCGAUCAUGUGAGCAAGCAGGGAUCCACCAGCUGCAUCCUGGGAGCCUUUGGCACCCACAAUCCUCGCAAGCCAACUGGCAGGGACUGUAAUCGCUAUGUGAAUGGGGUACGUGCUUUGUACGUGCUCGAAGGAGGACGCCUGCUAAUUGGAGCUGGAAAUGGUGACAUAGAGCUGGUGGAGGAGCGAACCGAUGUACCACUUAUAAACUUUAGGGAUUAUCCGGGUCCUACGUGGCCAUAUCUGCGCACCCUCAAGAAAACUCAUGUUUCGGGAAGGAUCUCCUCGUUUGUUCGCUCCAAACCAGAAAUGUUUUACAUCUGCACGGACACCAAUGAGAUUUAUGGCCUAAAUAUCAAGACCUGGGUGCUUAAGUUGCUGAGAACUUGUCAUACUAAGUCGGUCUAUUGUAUAACUUUUCCCAAAAACUACUCUGGUGUUUUUGCCACCUCUGGCAAGGAGUGCAUCCGCAUCUGGUCCUCUGGACGCAAACAGGAGCUGCUCCGCAUUAUGGUUUAUAACUUUAACUGCGCCUGUGUUCGCUUUACCCAUGAUGGCACCAGUAUUGUCUCUGUUUGGAACGAUGGAAUCAUUCGGGCCUUUACUCCCAUCACAGGAAGACUCAUCUAUGCUAUUCCCAAUGCGCACAAUAAGGGCUGCAGUGCUUUGGCCGUAGCCUCCACGGGUCGUCUAAUUGUUACUGGCGGCAUCGAGGGACAAGUGAGGGUGUGGAAGAUCGAUCCUUAUCGCCAGGAUCUGCUGGGCGUUCUGAAGGAUCACUCAGGUCCCAUUACCUCGUUGGAUAUCAAUUAUCUGGACACUGAAGUGAUCUCGGCCUGCACUGAUGGCUCUUGUGUGAUCUGGGAUAUAAAACGCAUGACCCGCAAACAAGUGGUGACUGCCAACACGCAGUUCAUGUCUGCUUCCUAUUUCCCAACUGGAGUCCAAGUGAUCACCUGCGGCUCCGACGGCAGGAUCAUCUACUGGAUGGUGUACAAUGGUGCCUUGAUCAGGGAGCUAACGGCCUCCAAGAAAUCCUCGGUGAACUGCCUGGCCAUCAACGAAACGGGCGAUUACUUCAUCAGCGUGGGCAGCGAUCUGCAGGUUAAACUCUGGGACUACAACAGUGGAGCUGUGGUGGGCUUGGGCUCGGAGCACGCCUCCUCCGUGAUCAGUUGUGCUUAUAGUCCCUGUAUGACCAUGUUUGUCACCGGCAGCACCGACGGAUCGCUCAUCAUUUGGGAUGUGCCGCGAGACUUCUGGGGCAGACCCAAUCCGCCGGAUGCCACUAAAUACUCGCUGCCCAAAACCACUUCAAAAAGCAGAUUGAGUGAGGUGCCGGCUAGGGUAAAUUCAGGCACAAAUCUAAAGGCUCCAAAGGGCGAGAACAUUGACGGGCUGCUGAAGGCCACUCCGAAGGACGAUUUGUGCUGCGUGGAGUGUCCUCCCUGCGCCAAAAAGGAGGCCAAGGCCGUCGAUCCCUACGCCGAGUGCGGAAUCGUUCCAGACGUGAGGAAGUGCUGA